GUCUCAGAUUUGGCUCGCGUUGCGAGCCAGAGGCAAGCGAGGCGAUGGCUGCGCAUCAACCCAGCAUCAAUUCCGAGGAUGAGCCGCCUCCGUCAAAGAUCUUCCCCAUUGAGCCCUUUGUGUGCUGUCCGGGAACGGUGAAGGCCCUUCUCCCAAAUACCUGGCUGAAGAUACAGGACUGGACACAUUUGAUUCUUGUCGUUGGCACCAUCGCGUGUACCGUCGAGAUGGUGCGCACACUUGCUGAGCUCAUCGAGGCGAAAUGUCUCGGUCACGGAUGCGUGAAGGAGAUCCUGUCCUUAGUUUUCAUAUCCCCGUGCAUAUGGUACAUCCUGAGCAUCAUUAGCCAGUACGACGACAGAUUGCAGGCCAAGCAGCGAGCAGCAAAGAUGGAGAAGGAAAAUCUGGCGCGCUCCUACAAUGACUUGCUCUCCGACAUGGACGGCCUCCUUUCGAAGUCAGCAGAGUCCUCGGCUGGGCUGGCGGAGCGAACCUUCGAGUCGAAACGCCGGGACUUCCAGCGCUUCUUGGAACGAGUGAAGGAGAAGCACAAGGUCAACACAAAGGAUUCUGAUCAACUACUGCGGCAGUUCAAGCGUUUCGCAUCCAACUGGCUGCACGUCUUCGAGGAGUGCUCCAUCGACCCCAUAAACUAUCCCAAGAAGGUCAUAGCUCCGAAGGACUUAGAGGAUUGCAGCUCCAUCGGGGAGGUGGCCGACUUGUGUCUUGACCGGCUGAAAAAGACCGAGGUGAGAUUUAUCAGCACGCAGCGUGACCAGGACGCACAGCUGCUGAGGAAGAACAAGAAUGAGUACCGAAGAAUGACACAAGCGGAGCGACACUCCAGGCUAUUGGAGCUGCCAGCGCCAGCUGCAUCCUCCAGUAAUUUGCCUGCAGGAUCUCGCCGCAAGAGGGGGAUGUCAUGGAUUCAGCUUGGUGGGCCCCGGCAGUUCUACGUCAGGAGCCCUCCGACCAAGGAUACCUACCCAAAGGAGAUUCGCUUUGGCUGCGGUCACGUGGUCGUGCUUUCACUUGAGCAUGCCAAACUGCUGGUUGGCGUUGUGGCGGGAUUUGUGCUGAUGAUGUAUGAUAUUUUCAUCAUGGCAACAGCCGACAGUGGCGCCCUGGCCGUCUUCGUCAGCGUAGCGGACCUGAUCGUGGCCGAGGUUUGCCUCAUUGUCAUGCUGAUGAGAUUCGAGGAGCUAGACCUCAUCCAGCAGUUAGAGCGCGAGGUCAAGGAGUUGGCGCGCCAGAACGAACAAGUGGGCAAGCAGCGGGAAGACAUGACCAAGUUUUGGAGUAACGCGCAGCAGCUCACGGAGUUGUGGCUCUACCGCACAGUGCCACGCUUAGAUCUCUACAAGGAAGUGCAUAACCAGCUCGAGGAUUCGGGGAAGGAGGACCUGCUGAAUCAUAUGGCAGGUGCCAAUCAGCAGCUGGAGGACUUGGAGCGAAGCCUCGGCCAGCUCAAGGACUGGAAGCAAGACGGGCAGAUUAGCCCGGAGAUCAAGAAGGCCGUGGGCAAGGCCAUCAACGAGAUCUCCAAGGAGAAUGACCUGGACAAGAUGCUUGAGAAAUUGGAGGAGGCCAAUCGAAAACCCAUCGACGUACGUGUGGAGUGCUUCGUCUGAGGCGGUUUCCUCAAAGCUGAAGGCCCUCGGCAACUGAGCGGGUUCUCUUGAACCAAAUGGGUCGGUGUCAAGAUUGAGUCACCAGGAAAUGGACCGCAGGUUUUGGUCAUGGUCCUUUCCAUUUCGCCGGUUGAAAUUUGUCCUUUCCGUGAACA